CGCGUUCAACUCUCAUCGCGAACUUGCUGGACUCCCGUAGACGCAUCCUCUGCGUACAAGGAACAUGUCAACGAUAGACCUGAAGACUGCAGUAGCUUACCUCCGGGAGAUGACCGGUCUCAUCGACGGCUCUGAUGAAUGUAAUACGAUAGAAACGGCAGACACUCUACUCGCCGAGAAGGAAGAGAAAAGGAGACAAGAACUCGAAGAGGCGACAGCCAAAUACAAAGCCCAAGCGAAACUAUUGGAACAAGCUCGCAAGUCGGCGACCCGCCCAGCGUCACUUCCUACGGCCGAGGCACACGCCGCAGCUAUGAACGAGCUCGAGGACGCGCGUAUUAAUCUGCAGAAGGCGACGAGCGAUCUGGACGACAAGCAAAUGGCGACGCAGGCUUCACUCGCACUCUGGAGGAAGAAACUGGCAAGCUUGAAUGAGCUUGACCAAGUAUCGCAACAUCUGGAAGAUGUUGACUCGUCUGUCCUGCGUCUACAACUCUUCCGCGGUCUUGGCUUCGAGCCGUUGUUAGACGACGACCAUCGCGUUCUGAAGAUGCUCGUCCGCUCUCACUUCGACGAGGACAUCUACCCUGUCGAAAUUGAGCGGGACGACGUCAGCUACGCUAAUGAGCUAUGGAGUUUGGCGGGCACCCGAGGGGCGACUGCAUGACGGUGUUCUUUCUUCUGUAUUCGUCUGUUAUGUUAUACCCUGUCUUCGCAUACUACUACCCAAAACUCAGACCAUCCAACUCAUCCGGGAACAGCUUCCGUCCGUUCUCUUGACCAGCC